UUUUCUGAUAGAAAACAUGAUUAUUCUAGAACUUCUAAGCAAAUAACUCUGAUUUAGUCAGCUUUUUCAAGGCUGUGACUAAAGACUGGACCAGAACAAUUGUACAGAAGAAAAAGUUUAUUUGGGGGCUCACGGUUUCAGAGGUCUCAGUCCACAGACAGCAGGCUUCAUUCCUCAGAGCUUGAGGUGAGGCAGAACAUUCAGUGGCAGAAGAGUGUAGCAAAGGGAAGUGGCUCACAUGAUGAUCAGAAAGCAGAGAGAGACUCCACUGACCAGUAUAAAUAUGUAUACUAAAGCCACGCCUUCAGUACCCACCUCUUUCAGCCACACCCUACCAGCCUUCAGUUACCAUUCAGUUGAUCCCUACCAGGGCAUUAAUUCACUGAGAAGGUUAAGAUUUUCAUAACCCCAUCAUUUGUUCUCUGAAUCUUCAUGCCCUGUCUCACACGUGAGCUUUUGGGGGACACCUCACAUCUAAACCAUAAUAAACUCAAACACUGUUUUUUAAGGGCCAAGGAGAAUGUUUUCCAUACCAAUGUAGUUUCUUCUUUACUCUCAAAUUUUUUUAAUGUAUUCUACUAAAGCCAAAUAAAAAAUAAUGAGGGAUUUUCUUAGAGUUACCUAAAAUUUGUCCAUCUAACCAUAAGCAUGAUUGGUUUGAACUCCCCUUAGAAGUUUGGAGGGAAAAGAUUUUCAAAAAGCUUUAGCUGUUGCCAGAUUCUUUCACUUUCAUUUGUGAAUACCAGGAGAUUUACCCCACCUGCAAAGGAAGUCACUUUUCUAAAUGUUUUAUAAAUGCCCUUAGCAGAACCUUCCACAACUAAAAGUAUGUAUGCGCUUGUAGACCAUUGCAUCAGCUGUCGCUUCUGCUGUCCCCAUCACCCUUUUGUUUUUUAGUGUCAGUAAUUCUGCAACUAACUGAGGUAAUAGAAACUGAAGAUGGCAUGGUCCCUUUGUGAACUGAAAGUCUCGCUAAAGGGCACUGGAUGAGUGAAGAUUUCCUGUCUCCUAGAUCUAAUUAGAAGAUCUGUCUCCUAACUACUAAGUUGUUUCUCCAUCUUUCAACACUCAUUAGAUUGAACUGUAUAUCAACCUUCAUUAGCAUAUUUUGGAACCCAGAAACAAGUGUUCAGAUGUAGUGUUUGACUACUCUUCCCUUGGUUUGUUUUUCAUGUCACACCAACUAAUGAAGGAAAUUUGGGGGGGGGAUACUUAAGCCCCCAUUUUUGGCUUAGCCUGAUCACAGGUACCAUGUUGUAGCACUCAUUAAUGAGCUCUCUAAUGAAUUUGCAUGUCUGGAAAUAUAAUGUGGAAGCAUGGAAAAUGCAAAUUGACAGACUUUCUUAAUGUCAUCUGGGAUGUGGGAGGCUAUCAUUGGAGCAAGUGUCUCAGACAGCAAGACUUCAUGUUGGGAGCCUCAAGAGACUCCACUGACCAGUAUAACAAAAACCAGAAAAAAUAAAUAAAUAAUUUUUUUAAAAAACAUAAUUUUUAUUAGAAGAAUGAAGAUUUAAUGCAUAACAGUUCCCAGUUUGUCUAUGAUAGAGAUCAAAGCAUUCUUGGGGAUUAGAAUCUGUAUGCAUGAAUUGCUCUGUUCAUAAUAGAAAGAUAGAAAGGAUAUUGUGGACAGGGAUGAAGGAUCUCCUCUUGUGUUGUGAGUAAAACAUGUAAAAGAAGGGAGGGAAAAAUCUUGAGUAACUUGUCUUCCCUGAUUGCCAUUUCUUUAUACCCAGAGAGGGAAUUAAGCUCUGGUACACCCUUACAUCUCCCACCCCCAGGAGUAGCAAUCUCUCCUGUGAAGUUCAGCCCACAUGACAGAUGAUGGAGCAGGGAGUCCCUUGCCCCUUUCUCUUUGCGGUGUGGAUUGAGGCUGUACAGUCCACAGGUAGAAACCACACUUGAGGCCUCCAUCAGCAGCCUAUAGCUAAAUACUCGCUGCAAAUGCUUAUGAGCAAAAAAUAUUUUACCGAUUAAAAAGGUUAUUAUUUAGGAAUAUGAUAAUUAUCUUCUCAAAAAUAAGUGGUAUGAUGAUAAAAGCAAGUUUCUUUGAUGGAAAUUCACAAAAGGGUAUUAUUAUACUGGUGCCCACAGAGCUGCUGAGGGUCCUAGAGUAGAGAGAAAGUUCUGAUUUAAGAAAACAUGAGUGUCAGAUACAGCACCACCAGCUAGCUCUUAAAAGGAGUUAGGGGCUGGGCACCAUGGCACAUGCCUGUAAUCCCAGUGGCUCUGAGGUGGGGGAUUACAAGUUCAAAGCCAGCCUCAGUGAUUUAGUGAGGCCCUAAGCAAUGUAAUGACACCCUGUCUCAAAAAAAAAAAAAAGAGGCUGAGGAUGUGUCUCAGUGGGUGAGCACCCCUGGGUUCAAUCUCCAGUACCAAAGAAAAAGUGGGGGAAGAGGAAGUUGGAAAAUUGUGCUGGAUUCUAAAAGUGAAGAUACUGAUUCUGUUCUAUAAAAAACUAGGUGUGUAUUUCAACAUUUUAGAAAGUCAUGUGCUAAGUGUAUCCAUGUGAUACAGAUAACAGGAGAUUUACUGGUUUAACCCCUCGUACCAAAAAUACGUGUGUGUGUGUGUGUGUGUGUGUGUAAUGGAAUGCUACAGCUUUGAUUUUUCCUUACAAUCUCAAAAUGACAUUUUGGUUAUGGGUACAGAUAUUGUUGAUUUGCUGGGCUUUUGUCAUAAAUUUUGAUCAGCAAAGUAAAUAUUUCUUGUCACAUACUGAUGUAUUUGUUAGGCUCUUUGCCUGGGACUCAGUGUCCCACUGUCUGGGAUAUCCACUUUUUUUCAUAUCCUUUUACCUGUGUUGACAUCACCUUUUCUGGUCUUCUGUGAACAGCUGCCACCCAAGCAGGUUUCUCUCAAUGGCAAAGACUUGUUUUCUUAUCCUGAUACCUUAGGUAGGGUUUCCUGACCCUGCUCAAAAUAGUAAGAGAAAGAUCUUAUUUGUUUGGCCACUGGAAUAUUUUUAUUUAAUAUCAUUAAGGAGCAAGGACAGGAUUUCUGAAAAUUAGAUAGCUUUGGAGCCUUUCAGAAUUGACAUUAUCCCUUAGAUCUUCUAAGUGGUUUUAAAACCAAGUUUGAGGCGACUGACCUUUCUGUAGGCAGAAAAAAAAAAUUAUAACCAUCUGAAAUACAACUGGGCUUGUUGCUCAGGAUCACUGCUCCAGAGUCACUCUAGCCUCAGAAGAGGGAAGACUGAAAUCUAUUCCCUCAACCCUCCCUUAUUUUGUAUAAAUAGUAUAGCUGAUCUCUAGAUUUUUUUUUCUGUAUUGUAUCUCUAAUUAAAAAUACAAGCACUGGGCUGGGACUGUUGGUCAGUGGCAGAGCUCUUGCCACACACGUGUGAGGUACUGGGUUCAAUCCUCAGCACCACAUAAAAAUAAAUAAAAAAUAAAGGUAUUGUGUCCAUCUACAACUAAAAAAAUAUUUUUAAAAAUACAAGCACUUCAAAAUUAAGUUUGUCCUUACCAACCUGGGUGAUCAGUCAGUUAAAUUAAUUUAUGAAGAACUUGCCCCACAUUGACUGAUCCUAGUUUUCCUUUGUAUUUCUCCCCGAUCUUUGCAUUGAAAAUUAUUUUCUAUCCCAUAAAGACUUGUUGAGAUGGCAUUCUAGAAUACCCCAUAUUUAGUCUAGUUGUUAUAGUAACACUGGAAUCCAAGUUUCUUUCAAGACAUUCAGCUUUCCCUGCCUAGACAGAAAAGAGCAGAGCCCCAGUCAUGGGUAUGAGGCUCCAGUUUCCUAAGUUAUUUGUGGUUAUAAACCAUGGGUUCCAUCUUGUCUGGUACCUGGCCCCAUCUUUUCUGAAAUCUGCUAGACCUGGAGGAAAAGGCCAUCUACAACUGGCUAUUCAGAGACUGAGAGGGGUCUGGGUUACGUGGUAGAUGGUUCUGAAGCCUGGUGUUGCCAUGGACCCUUUGAGCCUUGCUAUGAUCAGAGGAUCAGAGGAAAGCCUCAAGAAAGAGCAGAUGUUGCUGGGUGUGGUGUCACCUACCUGUAAUCCCAGCUGCUCAGGAGCAGGAAGAUCACAAGUUCAAAGCCAGCCUCAGCAAAAGUGAGGCACUAAGCAAGUCAGUGAGACUCUGUCUCUAGAUAAAAAUACAAAAUAGGGCUGGGGAUGUGGCUUAGUGGUCAAGUGCCCCUGAGUUCAAUCUCUGGUACCCCCCCCCACAAAAAAAAAUGGAGAUAUGUAUAGUGGAGAAAGUUGUGUAGCCAAAGGACAGGGUUGUUACUCUUAGUAUCUGGGGUGCCAGCAGAGAACCAUAUUAGAGCUUUGUGCCAUUGACUGUGUGAGUGAGAGCCUGUGUUACGCUGGGACUGGGGACCUGCUCUGCCUCUAUCCAGCCAAAGUGAAUGGGGUCAUGUUAGCUGCCUUCAUCUAUGCAGUCACAAAGGUGAAGAUGAUCCUGAGCAUAUACUCCCUCUUGGGAGGCCUUGGCCUCACGCCCUGGCAACCGUGGCAAGACUUGCCAAAUAACACCUUUGUCUGAGACGGGUUAUGCAGCUUCUCCUCAGUGCCCUCAUGACAAGUCAAGGUGGCUUCAGAUCAAGAAGCGAGAGCAGGACUCAGCGCAUUUCCCUGCACUGCUCUGAAGUAAGGCCGUGCACACUGCCUGCCUGUCAGAGCCCUAGAGAAUAGAAAAGCUCGCUGCUGGUGAGGGAUAUGGCCAGGAUUCCUGGAAUUGGAAGAUCUUCAGCUUCGCCAUGUUUGGAGAACAAGGAAGAUAACGAAAGUGAUGUGGCCCUUCUUAUACCCAAGGACUCUGACAGAGAACUUUCAGAGGAGCAGUCGGUACACACGGAGACAUCCAGCCUUGACCUGAGCAUGCAAGGCCCACCCUGCAACCUCCCUGCUGAGCUCAGCCUAGAUGACUUCAUCCCUGGCCACCUCCGGGCCCAUGUAGGGUCAUCCUCCCGGGGAACACGGGUGCCUGUGAUCCGGAAUGGUGGCUCCAACACCCUUAAUUUCCAGUUCCAUGACCCUGCGCCCAGGACUGUGUGCAAUGGCUACAUCCCACAGAGGAGAGAAGCUUCCGAGCUCUCAGACCCUGCAUGGUAUCAGACCUGGCCAGGCCCUGGCCCCUGGUCCUCUGAGAACUCGAAGGCCUCUCCACCACAGGAUGCCCAGAACUGGUCAGCCACAUGGACCAAGGACAACAAGCGGCGGGACAAGCGCUGGGUCAAGUACGAGGGAAUCGGGCCUGUGGAUGAGAGCGGCAUGCCCAUUGCCCCCCGAUCUAGCGUUGACAGCCCCAGAGACUGGUAUCGGAAAAUGUUCCAGCAGAUUCACCGGAAAAUACCAGACCUGCAGCCUGACUGGACCUUCCAGGACCCACCCAAAGUGAUUUCCUCGUGGAACUCCUCUGCAAACCCCAAGCAGCCAGGGCCACCGCAAAGAACAUCCUCCAGGCCAGGGGGCCCUGCAGCAGCUUCUGUCGGGAGAAGCUGGGACCACUCUGAAGAGUUACCCAGAAGCACCUUCACCUAUAAUCCUGGAGAACUGCCCUCAGAGCUCCAGCCCCCACAUCAGGUGCCAAGAGAAAGACGCCGAGAGAAAGCAGAAAAUGUCUGGACAGAAGAUUCUUGGAACCAGUUUCUGCAGGAACUAGAGACUGGGCAGAAGCCCAAGAAACCGCUGGUGGAUGACCCUGUUGACAAACCCUCCCAGCGCAUCGAGGUCCUGCUGGAGAGAGAGCUAGCCAAGCUGAGCGCUGAGCUGGACAAGGACCUGCGGGCGAUUGAGACCCGGCUGCCUGCGUCCCCCAAGAGCGCGCAGGCGCCCCGACGGGCCCCGGAGCAGCGGCCGCCGGUCGGCCCGGCCUCAGCCUGGAACUUCAGCGCCCCGCAUGCACCUUACCUGGGUCCCACCCAACCCCUGAGCCCCCACAGAAUGGCGGAUGGAGGAGGAAGCCCCUUUCUAGGUCGGAGAGAUUUUGUCUACCCUUCCUCAGCCCGAGGUAAGGACCCCGCGGCCCCAUUACCUAGAUGUGCACCUACCAGAUAUGCAGACCCUAGUGCCUCCCAACGAGGCUGCAGCCCAGCCAGAAAGGAAGAGAAGAAGAGAAAGGCUGCCCGGCUCAAGUUUGACUUCCAGGCACAGUCCCCCAAGGAGCUGACUCUGCAGAAGGGUGACAUUGUCUAUAUCCAUAAGGAGGUGGACAAGAACUGGCUGGAGGGAGAACACCAUGGCAGACUGGGUAUCUUCCCUGCUAAUUAUGUGGAGGUGCUGCCUGCAGAUGAGAUCCCCAAGCCCAUCAAACCCCCCACCUACCAGGUGGUGGAGUACGGAGAAGCUGUGGCCCAGUACAACUUCAAGGGAGACCUGGAGGUGGAGCUAUCCUUCCGCAAGGGGGAGCGCAUCUGCCUGAUCCGCAAGGUGAACGAGAACUGGUACGAGGGGCGCAUCUCGGGCACCGGGCGCCAGGGCAUCUUCCCUGCCAGCUACGUGCAGGUGUCCCGCGAGCCCCGGCUCCGGGUCUGUGAAGACAGCUCCCAGCUCCCUGCAUCUCCCCGCCUGACCACCACUGCCCAUCUGGCCCGGCACCCCACCUCUCCCUCCGUACCGUGCAGCCCAGCUGACCCCACCGACUGGGGGGGCCGGACCUCCCCCCGCCGCACCGGCUUCUCCUUCCCCAUCCAGGAGUCCAGACCCCAGACCCAGAAUCUCAGCACCUCUGGGCCAUCCCUGUCCCACUCUCGAGGGUCCAGCCGUCCCCUGGACAUGGGAGCCUCCUCCCCCAACACCAUGCAGAUACACUGGACGCCGUACCGGGCCAUGUACCAGUAUAGGCCUCAGAACGAGGAUGAGCUGGAGCUUCGUGAGGGGGACCGAGUGGAUGUCAUGCAGCAGUGUGAUGAUGGCUGGUUUGUGGGUGUCUCCCGGAGGACCCAGAAAUUUGGGACAUUCCCUGGAAAUUAUGUAGCCCCGGUGUGAGUGGUCUCCAUGGCAACUUGGAGCCAGCCAGGAUGGGGUGGGGAGCAGUAGCACUUACAGGAGGGAGUAGGGUCCCCACAUCAUCCUCCUCCAGACCUGCUCUCCCAGCAUCUGCAGAGACCCCCGCAGCCUUCCCUUGGAGCCCCUUCAAAGCCCCAUGGACUGAUUCCCACCCACAACUCACAGGCAUUCCUCUGAAAGCCCCUUCACCCCCACCCCCGCUCCCCAAAUACAGAGGUCUGCUUUGAAGUGGAGACUGUUUCCAGGCCUUAUUAAGACCAGACUCCUAGCCUCCCACCCCCACCCGCCAUUGCCUUUCCUCUAACAGGGACCGGCUCCGGGCUUCACCCCCGUGGGGUUCCUCUAACAAGGAUCAGCCUCCUAACCUGAUGCAGACCAAAGGCCUCCAGCGCCUGCAGGACUUCCUCCCCUUUCUCACCAGCUAGCCUGCUGCCCCUUUGCCUUCUGGCCUCCAGCUGGGCCUGGGAGCGAGGUGGGGGACAGAUGCAGCCCCUUCUUAGCCUUCAAGCACUAGCGAGAGGCCUGUCGCCUCAAGGCCUCUGCUUCCCAGAGGCUGCCGAGGUCUGGGCCUGGGUUCUGCACAUCCUCCUGUGGCCACGGUGUCCAGCACCACUGGCCUCUCCCAGACAAUCCACAGGGAGACUUUGCUGCGCUCUUGCCUCCCAGCUCUCCUCCAUGUUCAAAGUCCCUCUGGAAGAUGAUGUAAAAUAAAUCUGGAUACCAGGG